CUCCACUUCUCAGAGACUCGAACGCAGCUGAAAAUGGCGGUUGUGUCCUACCAUCAACCUCUGGCUUUAGCAUUUGACCCCCAAUCCCAAAAUCCUAACUUCAAUUCCCGCAAAACUAACCGAACCCAACUCAAUACUCGGAAUUCUCGACGACACCGAGUAACCAAUUGCUCAAAUACAGACUCCGACUCCGACCCAAACAGUCCACAAGAUAAGGAAGUGAACAGUGUGGGAGUGAAAGCCGCGUUGUCGAUGCUCAAGUUCUACAAAAGGGAGAUAUCGCCAUUCAUGCCGAAAAGUUGCAGGUACGUUCCGACAUGCAGUGAGUACUCCAUGGAAGCUUACAAGAGAUAUGGAGUUGCAAAAGGUACAAUCUUGACUGCCUGGCGUCUCUGCCGCUGCAAUCCGCUAGGUGGUUCUGGUUAUGAUCCUCCUAGAUGGUUCGACGAGACAAUUUCCCCUGAAGAAUGAGAGAAUCCCAUUUGUUCUUCCAUGGUGUUUAUGUUGUAAGCAGUGCCUGAUGAUCUGCUGUAGUUGAAUUCAAAAUGAGUGCAUAAAUAUGAGCCUGGUUGCAUUGUUUUAUAGGCAGGCAUAAUGAUCUGCUGUGUUAUCCAUGAUAUGUAAGAUAAUAUAAGGAUUGGUGGGAGAUUAUUUUCUAAU